CCACCGCAGAAGUUGUUCAGGACUGGUGGCAAUCGGCACAAUUUUAUCAAAUUUAUCCACGAUCCUUUAAGGAUUCUGAUGGUGAUGGUAUUGGUGAUUUAAAAGGUAUUACCUCUAAAUUGGAAUAUCUCAAGGAUAUUGGGGUGACCGCAGCCUGGCUGUCACCCAUAUUUACCUCACCCAUGGUGGAUUUUGGUUAUGACAUCUCCAACUUCUUUGACAUUCAACCCGAAUAUGGUACCCUGGAUGAUUUCAGGAAUCUUCUAACAAAAGCCAAAGAAUUGGGACUGAAAAUCAUUUUGGAUUUUGUUCCCAAUCAUUCGAGUACGGAAAAUGAAUGGUUCAAGAAAUCGGUGAAUCGUGAACGGGGCUAUGAAGAUUAUUAUGUGUGGUCUAAUGGCAAGGUGGAUGAGAAGGGUCAGAGGCAGCCUCCUAGCAAUUGGUUAUCCGGUUUUCGUGGCAGUGCCUGGCAAUGGAAUGAUCAGAGACAACAAUACUAUCUCCAUCAAUUUGCGGUGCAACAGGCCGAUUUGAAUUAUCGCAAUCCCGAUGUGGUGGAACAAAUGAAACGGGUGCUGAGGUAUUGGUUGGACAUGGGGGUGGAUGGUUUUCGUAUUGAUGCUGCCACUUUGCUGUUUGAAGCAAAACCAGAUGAAAAUGGCAUUUACCCCGAUGAGGAGGUAAGUGGCCUAACAGAUGACAAGGAAGAUCGUAACUAUUUGAAAAUGGAAAAAGUGGAUAUACAACCGGAAUCCAUUGAUAUGAUAUAUCAAUGGCGCAAGGUAAUGGAUGAUUAUCAACGCAUUCAUGGUGGUGACACCAGGGUAUUGCUCAUUGAGACCUAUGCCCCCAUAUGGUAUACCAUGCAAAUGUAUGGCAACUCCACCACCAAAGGAGCCGAGCUGCCAUUUAAUUUCAAUUUAAUCACAGAAGUGGAUACGGGAUUCAAGGCCAAGGAUGUACAAAAGGCUGUAGAUGAUUGGUUAACUAAAAUGCCAGCUGGAGGUACUGCCAAUUGGGUAAUCGGCAAUCAUGAUCGUCGUCGUGCUGCCAGUCGUUAUGGUAUACGCAACACAGAUGCCAUGAAUAUGUUGGUGAUGCUGCUGCCUGGUGCCAGUGUUACCUAUCAGGGUGAGGAAUUGGGUAUGACUGAUGGUAAAAUAUCAUGGGAAGAUACCGUAGAUCCAGCGGCCUGUAAUUCAAAUAAGGAUAUUUUCGAGAAAUACACACGUGAUCCCACUCGCACUCCCUUCCAAUGGAGUGCUGAGAAAAAUGCCGGAUUUUCAGAUGGUCCCAAGACAUGGCUACCCCUGGCGGAGGAUUACAAAACAGUGAAUGUGGAAAUGGAAUCGCAAGCGGAUAAAUCACAUUUGAAAAUCUACAAGGAAUUGGUACAACUGAGAAAGUCGUCUAAGACCUUGCAACAGGGUUCCUAUAAAUAUAAGGCUCUCAGUGAUGGCGUGUUUGUACUGAAGAGAUAUUUAGCGGGCGAAGAAACUCUGUUGUAUGUGGCUAAUUAUGGUGAAGCUUCUUCGAGUGCUAAUGUAUUGGAUAAUUUCGAUGUUACCUUGCCAUCAUUAAUGAAUGUGAAAAUAAGCAGUCUGGACUCAAAGAAAUAUGCUGGAAUUCCGGUGAACCUUAAGGAAGUUACAUUGGAAGCAGGAGAGGCUUUGGUAUUGGGAACAAAAUAA